AUGGCGAGUCACGGUCACUAUCGUCACCUCCAUGCGCGAGCCCCAGAACCCGUCGCCGAACCCGCGACGUUGGUCUCGGUCGUCUAUGUAACCGCAGCUCCUACCUUCGAUGGGCCCAUUGGAGGAUAUACUACCGUCGGAGUCGCUGCUCCAGAAACUCCAGAAACCUCUGCGCCUGCGGUUCUCGCAGCAACUGCAUCAGCGACAAAAGCUCCAGUCGUCGUUCCAGCUGCCUCGGAAACUUCGACUGCCGCAAAGCAAACACCAGCGUCAGUAAUCAAGUCCUUGACUGGAAUUGAUACAGAUACAGGUCUUGUCAGCAGUACCGCCGUUGCCCAAUCCUCAACUUCUCUCCCAUCAGAGAUUAUUGCUCCCUCGACUACCCUCGCAUCCUCAGCUCCUCUUCUUGCCGCCACGAGCUCUCUCACUUUCUCCGCUACAACAUCUGCAAACACAGCGUCCGCGGCUAGUUCAACUUCUACAAGUGAUGCCUCCUCGUCGAGCGGAGGUAUGGGCGGAGGAGCAAUCGCCGGAAUUAUUAUUGGUGUCUUGCUCCUGGUCGGCGCAAUUCUGUCCCUCGUCUUGGUAUGCAUCAGAAAGCGCAAGACUGCUGAUAAGCAACGACUUGCCGAUUCCGAGAAAAACGACAAUUCAAACCCAUUCGCCGAUCCCGUCCGCCGGGACGACGCAAGCAUCCGUUCAAGUCCAAAUGCUCCACGUCUAUCUUUACGUCCGGUCACUCAAUUCAUCCCUAACCUCAUGGAGAGACGUGCCAGCCGUGGCAAUGCUCUCACCAUCGGAUCCGCAGUCCCAUUGUCCGAAAAAGCUCUUCCAGACGUCCGUCCAGAGACUUCUCACUCUACCAAUUCCGUCAAUCCAUUUGGUAACCACGCCGAGACCAUUGAUUCGCCCAAUGCGAACGGUCCAGUUCUCAUGACCAGUCCAAUUGUCGAACAUGCUGCCGCUGCAACAACUCCUGUCACUCCAAACCACGUCCCACAAGCUGUCGCACCUGUCGUGGGUGCUGCAGUUGCUGGUGCCGCUCUUGCCCCAGGUCUUAAACGUGGUGCUUCAAAGCGUGACAAUGGUCCUAAACCACUCGACUUCACCAAAUCUGGUCCAUUCAUGGGUCCUCCAAGUCCAGCUGGAACCGAUUUCAGCGUCACCUCUGAUUCAGCUACCACUCCAACCCAAAGCAACACCUCUGCAGCGAUUGCUGCUGCUGGUGGCCCACCUACCAGUGCUGUUCACCGUGUCCAACUUGAUUUCAAGCCAUCCAUGGAGGAUGAGCUUGAACUCCGCGCCGGUCAACUCAUCAGAAUGCUCCACGAGUAUGAUGAUGGAUGGGCUCUUUGCAUCAGACUCGAUCGCUCUCAGCAAGGUGUUGUUCCAAGAACUUGUCUUUCAACCCGCCCCGUCAAACCUCGUCCACAACAAAAUGGUCCACGAGUAUCCCCACAAGGACAUCCAAUGACAGCCAACAUGCACCAACAAGGUCGACCUAUGUCACCAGCCGGUAUCAGACCCAUGACUCCAAAUGGUCAGCAAGGUCGUCCGAUGACACCAACUGGACAACAAGGUAGACCUAUGACACCUACUGGUCAACAAGGUCGUCCGAUGACUCCAAACAGUCAGAACCGACAACGAGGACCUCCAGCCAAUGGUCCAAUGAACGGUCAAGGUCGUCCUCGAGCCCCAUCAAACGCUCAACAACAAGCACGACGCAACUCACCACCAGGACCAAGUCGCAUGAACCCAGUUUCACCACCAGAGAACAACUCACCUGGCCCUCUCCGUACACCUUCUGGAAACACCCCACAACGAAAGCCAGUCCCCGGUCAAGCCAUGUAA